GUACUUUGCAUUAAGGACGUCAUGGAUUUCUCCUUUAUUCGAUACACAUCGAUGAUGUUCACACUUACUGCAAUGCAGAUCCGAGAGUUACAUGGCACAAUCAAGCAGUCGCAACUCAACGCCGUUAUUAGGACUCACCAAGAGACUUUAAAAUGUUUUGACUACUUGCAGAAAGCACUGAACCUCGCUGUAUUGUUCCAAUUUGCAUUCUGCAGUGUUAUCUGGUGUCUUAUGCUACUCUAUAUCCUCAUGAUGGGAUUCGAUGCGAAAAUUAUCAACGUUUCAAUUUUACUGAUGUUGCUAACCUGUGGAACAUAUGCUUACUGCCAACUAGCAACGGAGCUCACAGAAACUAGUCUCGAAGUUCUGAGAGCAUUGGAGGAGCUGUCCUGGUAUGAGCAAUCACUUCCCGUUCAAAAGGGAAUCCUCUUCAUGAUACAAAGCGCGCAACGCCCAAUCGUACUAACGGCAGCCAAACUCAUUCCCAUCAACAUUGCCCAGUUUAGCGAGAUUGUAAAGAAGUCGUACUCGGUAUACGUUGUGCUGAAGGAUAUUUUCUAA